UGUAAUCAGCCUGUAUCUGUGUACAAGACUGUUUUAUGGCAGGAGCAUAGCUAGACGGAGCACCGCCUGAGAUCCAACAGGUGUUACAUGUACGAAGUGGAUGAAUCAUGGAGGGAGCCAGCGUCUCUGUGUUUGUCACCGUGCAGAAAAUCUACUACCCGUUGCUUUGCAUCAUGGGUAUUCCAGCAAACCUCUUCACGUUCUACAUGAUCUGUUUUCGUAAAUGUGGGAUGUCCAACACGGCCAUCGUUUACCUGAGCUGUCUGGCCAUUGUGGACACCUUCUACCUGGUGUGGGUUAUACUUCUGGACCUGACUCUGACCUUUUGGACUGUGCAGCCCUUCUGGCACUCUUAUCCAUGGUGUGGUAUCCUUGGAUUCCUUCAGUAUGGCUCCCUCUACAGCUCCUCCUGGAUUGUGGUGGUGUUCACCAUUGAGCGUUACCUCGUCCUCAGAAGCACCGCUUCCAAACAGAAUUUUUCUCAAACAUGGGACACUAAAAUGUUCUGCACAGCUAUAGUGCUGCUGUCCCACCUGGUGUCGGUGCCAAUGGGUUGGAUCAACAUUGUCACACCUGUAAACAUAACCGUGGACGGAGAGAAUAUGACACUCCCCCGCUGUCGAUAUCGCAAUCACACCUAUUCUACAGUUAUAGUCUGGAUAGCUACCUUCCUCUCUGGAGGAAUCCCCAUUGUGCUGGUCAUCAUCUUCAACUACCUCAUUGGAUACCACCUGUGCCGGGCCAGCAACCUCUUCACUAAGGAAGAACGGCGCAUCAUGUAUGGAAGGAACACCAGAGGUACAUUAAAAAGAACCAUUCUCAUCCUGGGGACUGUCUCUGUGGCCUUUGUCGUGCUUAGUCUUCCUCGCUUUGUCACAUACUGCAUCCUAAGGACCAGGUACAAUGAUGAAAGCUUCAACAGGAAUGACUACAGCAUUCCAAUCAACAUAGCCGGGGACGUGGCUAACAUGCUCCAGAACCUCAACUCCACCACCAAUUUCCUGCUCUACUGCAUGGUCAGCCGCCGCUUCAGGCAGGAGCUGGUACAUGCUAUAACCUGCAAGGCAAAGGCCCGCGAGCUGAGUACUCUCCUGAACCACACUACAAUGAAAGUUUUCUCUGUUGUAAAUCAUAAGGCUUCACUAUCAAGCAGCCAGGUGACUGUGGUGUUAACCAGUCUGAAACAGACGGAAUAGAAUAGAACUUAAUUCUGUUGAAUUCUGGCCUUCAUAGAUUCGAUCUCUAUGAUGCUACCAUUAGGAUGCCAACAUGUAUUUUUAUCCAUUCCUUCAGACUGGUCCUACGAUGCAAUAAUUUAAAUUACAAGAUGCUUGGACAUCUAGUAGACCCAAGAUGAGUGGUUGUAUCACAAUUGGAUUAUUAUAGCCAGGCAUUUGCUAGAGAGACCAACUGACUGUGAAACAGUGAGUAAAGGCCAUCAGCCACUGAGCAUGUUUCGUUAACACCUGACAAAGUUUGGUAGGGUCACACUUUGGGUUGCCAUGAGGAUGCCUGUACCAGGCAAUGCCAAAAAUUUUAGGACUACUCCUUACAGCGCAAUGCAGAUUUUUGGAUGAAUUCAUAUAUUAGUUCCAACAUCGAGCCACCAUGUUGCCUGUACAUCCAACAUGCGAGGCUAUUGAACACCGCUUCCUGACAGCAUGUAGACCCACAUUCCUAAUAUCUUCAAACUUUGUCAAGUGCUAGUAUUGAAAUCUCAGACAACCAUGUGGCACCAUCUGAAAAUCACACUGAGUCCAGCAGUGUGAUUUUCCAAUGACUGUUGGAGUCUUUGGCUGCCUCUUUCUGCCUUCUGAUUCUUGUUCUAGACAUUCAACCUCCAACUUCUGAAAAAUGUUGGAAGUUGCAUUAACCUCCAAAUGGGAGUACUUUUCUAACCCUGGCUUUCUGUACUCCAUCCUUGGUCUACAUGUGUACCAAAUUAUGUCCAAAUCAAAAAAAAUGUUGUGGAUGCCUUGAUUGGUCGAUCAGGUGGUAAUUUCUUUAAUCAGCCUGAAAUGUAUGACAACAUAUAUGUUUAACUUAGCUGUUUUUUAUGCGUAGUUGUAGUUUGAAAAUACUUUAGCAAAAUGCUUUAGCAAAUAUAGCAUAAUAUGCUAAAGCAGGGCUUUUCAAAGUGUAGGGCACGCGCCGCUGCAUGAAGGGAAAGCAAGAGGAGAGGGAGAGUUCUUCAGGGACUUGAGUAAAAAUAAUUAAACCAGAAAAAGUAACUGCAAAUAUUUAACCAACUUCGCCAAGUCUAUACCAG